AUGAGGUGGAGGGAGAGUAUUCCACGUGCCCAAUCUACACGGCCCACCAUCUUGUCGAUACGCAACCAGAUGGAUCGAAGUUUAGACGCGGACAUUGAAAGCACUGUGAAUAGGGAGGAACUGUUGCCGGUAAUGAUAGGAUGCAACGGAACAGGAGUUAAGGUCGAGGGCAAAGUGGACGACCAGCCUCAGAAGGAAAGGAAGCUGAGUUGUUGGCCCAGGUCGUUAUACAAAGAGCGACCACCUUUGUUGAAUCACAUUAUGCAGGUAGUUAGUGAAAAACUCGUUGAUGGUCGAAAGCAACGCACUAGAAGGUCGAGGACAAAGUGGGACAUUGCUGUGUGCUCUGUCUGUUGGACCAGCCCAUCAGGCGGCCACAAUCAGAACGAGCUCGAUAUAGGAUAUAUCAAAGAAAUAAACAACUUCCUCCUCCUUUUGGGGUGCCAUAGGCCCUGGCUCGUAUCCGUGGUCGAUCCAGCUGAGGCAUUGAAGGCGAGACAGUCGUUACGGAGGAAAGUCGUGUUGGGUUUGAGAGUAUUGAGCGAAGCCGCUGUCUAUUUGGUUCUCCUCCUGGGCUAUUCAGAAGAUGGAGCUGAGAUCUAUUCGAAACACCGAGGUCUAAUCGCCUUAUUUGAUCGAUUCCUCGUUCAAAAUUGUGAGGAACUCGGUCCCCUAUCCAACGUGGGAAGCCCAGUAGUAUUUGUGUCUCUGGUCGUUGAGGAAUUGAUGAAAAGUCUGCACGUCCCAUCUUUGGAAGAGGAGGGACCCUUUUUCGGGGACGGACCACACCUUGAUCCCGAUUCCAAAGGGGAGCAUGUCGCCGAGGAACCAUACCAAAAGGCUGCCGAGGACUGGAGUCGAGAUCCACCAUGGUAUUACCAUUACAAGAAGUAUAAGCACACUCAUAAUGAGGUGGAGGAAGAAUAUUCCAUGCGCCCAAUCUAUACGGCCCAACAUUCUGUCGACACUCGACCAGAUGGCCUGAAGGCUAGACGCGGACAUCGAUGGGAUUGCGUCUUCUAUGAAACCUGGUAG